AUGAAGGAGGAUGUGGGAAAUAUAAUAGCACCAUUGAUGGUGAGGCCAAUCACGCGUUGGCCCUUCUUCGCCUUUCUGGGUGGAGCCAUGUUUUGCUUGUUAGCAAGCAGUACAUGCCACUUACUCUCUUGUCAUUCUGAGCGCAUAUCUUACAUCAUGCUCAGGCUCGACUAUGCCGGGAUUGCUGCUUUGAUCUCAACGUCCUUUUAUCCUCCAGUCUAUUAUUCUUUCAUGUGCUAUCCUGUCCUCUGCGGUCUCUACAUAGGAUUCAUUACUCUCCUGGGCCUUUGUACAAUCUUAGCAUCCCUUCUUCCCGUAUUCCAAACUCCCGAAUAUCGUAGUUUUCGAGCAGCACUCUUCUUCGGAAUGGGCGUGUCAGGUGCAGUACCUAUUCUGCACAAGCUCAUCUUAUUCUGGCACCAACCCGAGGCACUCCACACAACAGGGUAUGAAGUUUUGAUGGGAGCAUUAUAUGGUAUUGGAGCAUUGGUUUAUGCUAUGAGAGUUCCCGAGAGGUGGAUACCGGGAAAAUUUGAUAUUGCAGGGCAUAGCCACCAACUUUUUCACAUCCUUGCCUCUGUGCACACGCGUGAUGCGUGA